UAUUAUUCACAGGAUAGACUUCAAAUUCGAUAUCAAGGAAGAUUAAAACAUUUAAUCCAAAAAUAUAAGAAAAAAAUGAAAAAAAAAUAAUUUUUAGAGUUAGAAAACUUGACCUGACCAAUACGAUUUUGCCGCGACUAAUGUCCGGACCGAUAUAAAACUGCUAAUUUCUUUUUUAUCUUUGGAAGGAUUAACUUCAAAUUUAGUAGCAAGGAAGAUUUCGACAUUUAACAAAGAAAUAUAAAGAAAUGAAAAGAAAACAAAUAUUCAAAAGACCAAAAAACUUGACCUGACCAACAUAGGCUAUUCACCAAAAAAAGACAUGUUCGUUUAAAAAAUAGAAAGACUAUGUAUAUUUCUUAAAUAAAUGUCUUUAAGUUUGAUAAAUAUCAAUAUUUUAUUAAAUAUUUAAAUGACAAAAAGAAAAAAAUGUGAACAAGUAUUGCAAGGGUAAAAAUAUAUUGACCUGACAUUGUCGAACUUGUCCUGAUCAAUUUUCUAACUGAAAGAAAAUGUUAACCUCUUACCUUAAAUUAUUGAAAUUGAAAAUAUCCGAUCACAAUGAUAUUACAACAUUGAACGCAGAAAGAUACUGUUGAAAUGAAACGAAAGAGAAAUAUUAGAACCAGUUGCUGAAUGUUUUCGUAUUGACCAGAUGUUCAACGAACUGCAACCAACCAUCGACAACUACAACACCGUGGUACUUCACGUUGGCGCCAACGACCUCUCCCAUGGUUCAUCAGUAAAGACUCUACUCAGGAAAUACCAACAACUGACAUCAGACAUUUGGCACAGCAACCCAACAGCAGACAUCAUCAUAUCUGGAGUCCUACCUAGAGCCGACAACCAAUUCCCAGGGGCACUUCUGCGCACCAACUUCCUAACGGAACUCAACCAGAGAGCUCGGCUACUCAAUACCAAACUACAGUUACUAGCUACCCGAGUUCCAAGACUCCACUACGUUGGUCACCCGUCAUUCGCCCAGAAAGGUACUAUCCAGAGACACCUACUCAGUCGAGAUGGUCUUCAUCUAAGCUACCGUGGUACAUCAACUGUGGUGAAAGACAUCGAGAGCGCCAUUCGUCAUCUACGCAAAACCAAGGAUACUCAUGACAGCAUCUGGGACCUACCAACGUCAACACCAACGUCAACACCAACGCCAACACCAAAAGCACCUACACCAAUGCCUGACCCAACUGAACCAGCUGUAGACCAAUCACUGUACCGAACUGCACUACUCACUUUACCGAUACGAACACCAACACCAACACCAAAACCAGUACUAACUUCAACAGGUAUUCAGGUGAUUGAAGAGUGGCCUGCUCUUCCACGGGUAUGUUAUCUGGUAUCUUCUCUUAUUAACACUUCAUCUACCUCUAACACUGUGCAUGUUCCUACCACCACGUCCUCAUCUGUUCCAGCAUGUACCAUCUCACCAAAUCCUGUUUGUGUCGCACCUACCUCCACUUCUAGCCGCUCACCCACUUCCACUUCUUACCGCUUGUCUACCUCCACUUCUAACCGCUUGCCUACCUCCACUUCUAACCGCUUGCCUACUUCCACUUCUAACCGCUUGCCUACCUCCACUUCUAACCGCUUGCCUACCUCCACUUCUAACCGCUUGCCUACCUCCACUUCCAACCGUUUACCUACCUCCACUUCUAACCGCUUGCCUACCUCCACUUCUAACCGCUUGCCUAACUCCACUUCUAACCGUUUACCUACCUCCACUUCUAACCGCUUGCCUACCUCCACUUCUAAUCACUCACCGUCGUCUGUUACUAACACUCCCAUCUAUUUUAAAGGUGCCGGUCAUGUUUUGUCUAAUUUUUAUCCAUGUAUUCUUACUUUCCAGGGGUUAACCUUCAGUAGUUCUGAACAUUUGUAUCAGUAUCGCAAGGCUGUCGAGCAUUCCGAUUUCCAUUUGGCGCAUCUUAUUCGUUCAGCUUCGACAGCCAAGGACUGCAAAGUCCUUUCAAAACAUGUAAAAACUAACCAGAAUUGGUUAUUAUUCAGGCAGGACAUCAUGCUUGAAGUUUUGGCAGUUAAAUUAGAUCAGUGUGCAAAAUUCAAAAAAUAUUUACUUAGUACAAAAUUAUCUGAACUGAUACACAAUGUAGCAGACACUUUCUGGGGUAUUGGUUGGAAUGGCAGUGGUACCAACAUUCAGGGUAAGCUUUUGAUGCAGUUACGGUAUAGUAUUGCUAACACUCCUUCAGUUAACUCACUAGUUACCACCACUCCUAUUGCUAACACUCCUUCAGUUAACUCACCAGUUACCACAACCACUCCUACUGAUAACACUCCGUCAGUUAACUCCCCAGUUACCACCACUACUAUUGCUACCACUCCUUCUGUUAACUCACCAGUUACCACCACUCCUAUUGCUAACACUCCUCCCGUUUUAAUUGGUGGUGGUGUCACAGUUUAUUCAGUUACAGAUCAUAUUCAUCAGAGUGCCAUUGUGGAUAUUUUAACUGAUCCAGAUACAUCACGUACAUCCGACAUGCCACCAGCAAAGCCUAAGGGAAACGAGAUAACAGGAACUUAG